GGACGUCAGAUUUAGCUGGAUAGAUAUUUCACAGUUGCUUCUUGUUAAACUUAACGUUAAUAUCGGACAAUAUAGCUUCGUUUUCUUUUAUUUAUGAAGAAACCGUGUCACGAGACUGCGUCAUAGUAUAUUAGUUUUUCUUUAAUCAUCAGUGUCUGUCUAAGACAGAAAGCUAAUGCUAACUUCGGCUAGCUAGCAGGUUAACAAAGCAGGCUUUUUAUGGCCAAACACUGUUAGCUUGCGUGCCCUACCAGGUAACUGUCAGACCAUGAUUCUUAUUGACAGCCACUGCCCGAUUAGCGCAAUUUUAAUGUUAACCUUGCAACAUGGGUUAGCUAAGUAAUUGCUGCCGUUUUGGCUCUGAAAAUAAAACAGUUACAGUUAACGUUAUUCAUCACAUUUGAUGUCUAAUAAAGCUAGCUAACGUCAGUUUACAGAGCCAGUUUUGCUUGGUUUUACAGUUUUUGAGUCAGUCAUCGUCACGUAGGCACAAAUUACGAAUACGUCAGGCAGGGAUUUGAUGUUUAGGACUGUCAGCGGCGUCUCCCCCAAGAAAACCAUGCUAUGAUGGUGCUACGGCGGUUACUGAGAAAGCGCUGGGUGCUGGGAGUAGUCUUCGGACUGUCUCUCAUCUACUUUCUCACCAGCACACUUAAACAGGAGGAGCGGACCAUGCGGGACCGCACACUCUUAGAGGUUAGAGAUUCAGACCAUCGCAUCACCUGGAAAGUCCGUUUCAACCUGGGCAACAGCAGCAGACCGAUCACUCAGUGCAGAAACUCCAUCCAGGGCAGGACGUUGCUCACAGAUGAACUCGGUUAUGUCUGCGAGAGAAAAGACUUGCUGGUUAACGGCUGCUGUAAUGUCAAUGCUCCCAGCAGCAGACAGUACAUUUGUAAAAGCUGCCUAGCUAAUGGCUGCUGUAGCAUCUAUGAGUAUUGCGUGUCUUGCUGCCUCCAGCCUGAUAAGCAACCUCUCCUUGAACGCUUCCUGAAUCGCGCAGCUGAAGGUUUCCAGAAUCUAUUCACUGCUGUGGAGGAUCAUUUUGAGCUGUGCCUGGCAAAGUGUAGGACCUCUUCACAAAGUGUUCAACAUGAGAACACCUACCGAAACCCUCAAGCAAAGUACUGCUACGGAGAGAGUCCCCCAGAGCUCCUUCCUGUAUGAGCAUUUGACGUACUUCUCGGGUUUUAGGAAGGAACAGCAGUGGGCCAAUAAAAAACGUGCCCUGUUUGGAUACUUAUGGGAGCUUGGAGAAGAGACUCUAUUCAAAUGAACUUCUGGACAAUUUUGUAUUAUAGUAGCAAAGUAAUGGAUACAUCCAAGACCAACCUCAAAAUGGACAAAUGCUAUAUGUGAUUUGAUUAUUUACACUUCAUAAGUGCAUAGAACGCUUCAUACAUUCAUCCAUGAUGAUCAUCAGGUCUACAUAGCAGGCAGCUCAUCCAUCAGAAUCUGCUUCAUACCAGUUCAUAAAAUAGGCUUACACUAACAGCUGUUUGAUGUUUUGUUGAAUAUUUUUAAAACAACAAAGAAUGUGUCAUUACUUCUGUGUAUAGUGCAUGCAUAUGAAACUGCUAUUUAAUAAAAGUGAGUGAAAUUAAA